GAUUAUGAAAGACGUCUCCUACGCCAGAUCAACAUACAGAAUGAAAACACGAUGCCUUGCGUAGCAGAGAUGAGAAGAACCCUGACACCUUCCAAUUCUCCGAUGUCUUCUCCUAGUAAGCACGGUGACAGAUUCAUUCCCUCAAGAGCUGGGGCCAACUGGAGCAUCAACUUCCACAGAAUAAAUGAAAAUGAAAAAUCGCCAAGUCAAAACAGAAAAGCAAAGGACGCGACAUCGGACAAUGGCAAAGAUGGCCUCGCUUACUCUGCCUUGCUGAAGAACGAACUCCUGGGAGCAGGGAUCGAGAAAGUGCAAGACCCACAGACGGAAGACAGGAGGCUGCAGCCGUCCACCCCGGAGAAGAAGUCUCUCUUCACUUAUUCGCUCAGCACGAAGCGCUCUAGUCCGGAUGAUGGCAACGAGGUCUCGCCAUAUUCCCUGUCUCCCGUCAGCAACAAAAGUCAGAAGCUGCUAAGAUCGCCUCGAAAACCAACGCGGAAAAUCUCAAAGAUUCCUUUCAAAGUGCUGGAUGCCCCGGAGCUGCAGGACGACUUCUACCUGAACCUGGUGGACUGGUCCUCUCUCAACGUCCUCAGCGUCGGCCUCGGGACUUGUGUUUACCUCUGGAGCGCUUGCACUAGCCAGGUGACCCGCCUGUGUGAUCUCUCUGUGGAAGGAGAUUCGGUGACAUCUGUGGGCUGGUCAGAACGGGGGAACUUGGUAGCUGUUGGCACUCACAAGGGCUUUGUACAGAUCUGGGAUGCAGCUGCAGGAAAAAAGCUCUCCAUGCUAGAGGGGCACACAGCCAGAGUCGGUGCCUUGGCGUGGAACGCGGACCAGCUCUCAUCUGGGAGCCGAGACAGGAUGAUCCUUCAGAGGGACAUCCGCACCCCGCCCCUGCAGUCCGAGCGGCGGCUCCAGGGCCACAGGCAGGAGGUCUGUGGGCUCAAAUGGUCCACGGACCACCAGCUCCUGGCCUCUGGAGGAAACGAUAACAAGCUCCUCGUCUGGAACCACUCCAGCCUGAGUCCUGUCCAGCAAUACACGGAGCAUCUCGCCGCGGUAAAAGCUAUCGCCUGGUCCCCGCACCAGCACGGCCUCCUCGCCUCCGGCGGCGGCACCGCCGACCGCUGCAUCCGCUUCUGGAACACGCUCACCGGGCAGCCCUUGCAGUGCAUCGACACCGGGUCGCAGGUGUGCAACCUGGCCUGGUCCAAACACGCCAACGAGCUCGUCAGCACCCACGGCUACUCGCAGAACCAGAUCCUCGUCUGGAAAUACCCCUCGCUCACUCAAGUAGCGAAGCUAACGGGACACUCGUACCGAGUCUUGUACCUGGCGAUGUCCCCUGACGGGGAGGCCAUAGUCACCGGAGCUGGAGACGAAACCUUGCGCUUCUGGAACGUCUUCAGCAAAACUCGCUCGACGAAGGAGUCGGUAUCUGUUCUCAACCUCUUCACCAGGAUACGAUAA